UUGCAACCUCAGUGCUGACAGGGACCCGGUCUGUGACUAACUGCUGCAGAGAUUAUAAGGCAGAAGCUGACCCGUCCUUACAUUGGGCACACAGAAACAUGCACACAUCAUCCCGUGCUCUGAUCUGAGUAUACAGGUAUAGACAGUCUAGUGACAGGAAAAUGAGACUGCGCAGAGUGGAGGAGACCGUCCUCAGCUGUAUGCUCCUCUGUCAGUCCUGUUGGCUGCAGUUUGUCACUACUCAGACAGGAACAAUUCACCCGGAUACCAGCAGGUCAUUCAUUGAGUUCCUCAAUCCACCAGAGACGGUGACCAAUGGGCCUGUCCUAAAGGUCCUCUACCACUGUGAGAGGAGCCAGGUGGUGCAUGUUGAUGUAUUAGCGUCAUCGCUAGUAAAGCCUUUGGUUGGUAUAUUUAAAAAACGCUGGAUUUGCAGUCCUGAUGGCACAGAGUCCAUUAGAGAAAUCAGGUUGGACUUCCCGGAUCAGAUGGUCUAUAGAGAGGACUUUUUCCUCAGGCACCCAAUCUAUGUCUCCAAUGUUCUGCUGAGGGCAUGGAUCACAGAUUAUCCACAUGAUUUUAACAAACCUGACAGGAACUCAUACAACAAAGGGGUGGUAAAAAUGUACCACUUAAUACCAACCCCAGCACCUUACAAAAGACCUUACAAAGACCACCAGAAGACUUUACACUGGGACAUGGAACUGCUGUGGAAUCUCAGAAAGGACAAAAUAACACAGUGCCCGGCUGAAGAAGAAGUGGCCCAUCUCCUUCCCUUUCUCUACGCCUGCAGUGGGGAGAGUUUUGGCUUACUGAGGACGCUGGCGCCAUACAGCGACCGGGUACUGGAGCGACAGAGGUGGAGGUACUCAGUGUCUCCUCGCUGUAGCUUCACCACCUGGGUGUACGUCAUGCAGUGGUGCCCAGUAGACUUCUGUGGCGUUCUGUACCAUCUGGAUAUCAGAAAUGAUUACAUAACCCCUGCAGUGCUGAUGACCGACACAGGUCAUCUCCACAUCCAGGUGGAACUGGUCUCCAGUGAUCCCCACGCGUUUCGCAGUGUGAGUCCUAUUGCUUUGAAGGAGUGGUGCCAGAUUCAGCUGACGCUGGAGAACUCUCUGGCCAACCUGACGGUGAUAUGUGGAGAGAAGGUGAAUGCGAUGACAUACAGGUUCCCGGAUAAGAUCCUUCUCUCUGACACCGCAGGGAGUUUUCACCUGGGGGGAUCUAAGUACGUCCGCGGGAUGAACGGAUUCUACGGCCCCAGCAUCUAUUACAGGAACAGAAUUGUUCCCAUAUAUAAGACUCAUCCUCCACUUCUGGUAGAGAGCACAGAGCUGUCCCAGUGGUUCCUGACUUGUGACGCGUUUAAGGAUGAAUGUUCAGCGAGAUUCCAGCAUUUGUCCUCUCUAAGGAAACCGUCUGAGCCCGCAGGGGGCUGCAGCGACACUUACCGUGAGCUUAUUGCCCGCUAUCGCCCGCCAGAUCCGGGUCCCAAGUGUACAAUUUGGGAUGCACCACCUCCCUCCCACAGGUCACUAAUCAGCAGGAUGCUGAGGAGGAGAGCAGGCCGGGCAGGUCACGUCCACUUUAAGAGUGAGCUCUUCGGCCAAGCCUUGCACAGAGUAUACCUACGGAAAAUCCUGGCUCCAGAGGGUCUUUCUGGAAUAAGAAGGGCAAUGCCUCUCCUGCUACAGGCCGGCUGCCUGGGACAUGACCCCGCUCUCUACCUUGCGUCCGUCCUAUACCAAACCGGCCUGGGGGUGAAGAGAGACGCGUCUAAGGCUCUGAAAUUCAGCCUCAUCUCUGCCCAGAAGAGCGAGCGUCUGUCACAGCUGUCCCUGGGGCACAAGCACCACCUGGGCGUGGACGGGUAUCCGCUGGACUAUGAUCUGUCUUAUGCCUAUUACUCCAGUGUCGCCCGCCAGACGAUGACCGACCGACUGCAGCCGGACAAACACCAGGCCUUUGUGGAGCACAUCCGUCUCACUGAUGAGGACGUUCUGAAGCAACAAACGAAGGAGAACGACGACCUCUUCAUGUGGCUGAGAUUCCAAGCCAGGCAGGGAGUGACCUCAGCUCAGCAAGCGGUCAGCCGGAUGCUCUUCUGGGGUCAGCAGGGAAUCUCCUCCAACCCCCAGGCUGCGGUGAAGUUCUAUGAAAGGGGGGCUCGGGAACUGAAAGACCCUGUGAUGAUGUAUGAUUAUGGGGUUGUGUUACUGAGGGGGCAAGGAGUUAAACAGAACAUCCCAAAGGCGUUGGAGUAUCUUCGGAGGGCAGCUGAUAUGGACUUUGUGCCAGCACUGAACAGCCUGGGCUGGUAUUAUGAGCAGCACAAGAAGGACUACAGGAAAGCGGCUGACCUCUGGGAGAGAGCCGACCGACUUGGAAAUUCUGAGGCUCCGUUCAACCUGGGAAUCCUGCACUACUAUGGGCUGUACCCGGGCAGAAUGCAGAACCACUCUGCAGCCUAUCACUAUUACCUGAAGUCGGCUCUUCGCGGCCAUAUCGACGCAGCUGUGAAUCUGGCCAACUACUGGAUACGAGGACACCCGGAGGUUGUGGACCGGCUGCCGUACGACGCUGUGGUGUGGACUAAAUGGGCCGGGGAGCAGAACGGAUACCUCGGAGCCACGCUACGCAACGCUCUGGACAGUUACCUAGAGCAGUCCUGGGCCGGGGCUAUUCUCUAUAACAUCCAGGCCGCCGAGACUGGAUUUGAGGUCGCUGCGUUCAAUGCAGCCGUCCUGUGCGAGCAGGACCCGGACGGACUGGUAAGCCGCUAUCUGCAAAUUGACUGUAUAUGGAAAUAUUAUAACCUAUCAACACACAGUGACCGGCCGCCUUCCUAUGCUCAGAUAAAGAUGGGCGACCUGUUCUACACUUCCCAUGGGAGGAGGAAGCGUGAUGUGCAAGCAGCAGUGCAGAUGUACACAGCGGCGGCUGCACAACGAGAUCCACAGGGUCUGUACAGCCUGGGGAUCCUCGUGGAGGAAGGUGUGACUCUACCCAGGUCCACGCUUGAUCAACUUGGAUUCAACAGAUCCAUCUCCAGCCAUAACUACACUAUUAUCAUGGAACUGUACAGGAGGUGUCGAGAUCAUGAGGCAGAAGAUUCCUAUGUUCCGUGCAGCCUGGCGCUCCUUAACGCUCAGCUUCAGUAUGUCUGGAAGUUCCAUGGCUCUAUCCUCAAGUGUUCCAGCGCAGCUGCCAUUGCGCUUGUCACAGCGCUCAGCUUGAUGACGGUAUUUGGGAGAUUACAGAAUGCAGCACGGAACCUUCAGCUGUCUGUGUGAUGAGAGAGACGUCUCCUGUGUCCGCAAUAUGUUCAGCACGGGGCUGUCUCUUAUCGUCCUAUCAUGUCAGUGCCUUGAACUCUCUGUGAGGGGUUUUCUCAUCUCAAACUCAGGACUUUUAUACUAAGGGAUCUGCACUCAAACUUGACGUUGGUUGGUGGCACAAAUGUUACAGGAACUUGAUCAGCGCAUUUUCCAAACAUUUUUUCCCAAAUAUAUUUUUUCAUCGUCAACCAAAUUUUUAUUGAUUUUACUGCCAGUUAUAUUUCUACAUGAUGGACUGCUAUGCGCAGGGAAAAGCUGCGUCAGAACACGGAGCCUCUCUCGCCGUGUUUUCCUGAGGGAUCUGAGGGAUGAACCUUGCAGACGUAGAGAAAUAUUCCGUAGAAUAUAGAAAUAGAGCUACAGCUGCUGCUAACUACAAGUACCACGUAGCCUUUCCCGCAGAUUCUAUUUCACAUGUGACUUCUCUUUGUUGGCUUACAGGUUUUUUUUAAAUAAAUUAUUUAAAGUACAA